AUGCAAUCAACCAGCCAGCCCGUCAUUGUGGUCGGCGCCAGCCUCGUCGGUCUGUCCGCAGCCCUAUGCUUGGCCUCCCACCAAGUACCGACCAUCGUCCUCGAAAAGCACGCCAGCAUGUCCGAGCACCCUCGUGCCAUUGGCUUUACCACCCGAACUCUGGAGAUUUACAGAUCCCUCGGCAUUGAAAACAGCGACCCGGCACCGGAGGAUUUUGUCCUGGAGCGCGUCUCCGUCGAGAGCCAAAAAGAAGAGACGAAGCCUUUGGCUCUCCCGAAGAAGGAAUACUCCGCGGAGCGCGGGUCGGCCAUGCCUCAAGAUAAAUUGGAACCAAGACUGGAAGCAUUGGCGCGCGAGCGUGGCGCGGAUAUCCGUCGCGGGCACCGAGUAUUGAAUGUUGAGCAAGACGAAGGCGGUGUCCUUGUUACUGUAAAAGAUUCGCAAGAUCUCCAGCAUCAAAUCCGGGGAUCCUACCUGAUUGCAGCGGAUGGGAACCGCAGCACCGUCCGCGAACUACUCCAGAUCCCACGCCACGGCCGCGGGUUCAUGCAAACCGUCCGCAGCGUUCUCUUCCACGCCCCACUCGAGCAAUGGACAAAGGGAAUUGUACAAUUCAAUAUCGAACAGCCCGACCUCUCGGCUUUCCUCGUGUCUUACAACGACGGCCGAUGGGCAUUGAUGUUCCGGGAUGACAUUGAGCGCGACGAUGAGACGUACAAAGCCGCAAUCUACCAAGCCGUCGGUAGGGAGGACUUCCCCAUCGAGCUCAUCACAACUGGCCGCUGGGAACUGACUGCCCUCGUGGCAGACACGUUCCGGUCUGGCCGGGUCUUUCUCGCCGGCGAUGCAGCGCACACGUUGCCGCCCAAUCGCGGCGGAUACGGUGCAAACACUGGCAUCCACGACGCACACAAUUUAGCAUGGAAGCUUGCUGCUGUCUUGUCUGGUAAAUCUUCGGCAGAGCUCUUGGACACCUACGAUACCGAGCGACGGCCCGUGGCUCUUCUGCGACAUGAUCAGAUCUUUGUGCGGGCUGAUUACAAGGUACAUCUGGACACGGCCACGCCGGCCGGAGAGAAAAUAGACGACGACGCCAUGGAGUUUGGCCAGAUCUAUUUGUCCAAGGGGAUUGUCGGUGCCGAUGAGAAUUUGCCUCGUGCAAUGAAGCCUGAUGAGUGGGCCGGUCAGCCAGGCACCCAUCUGCCACAUUUCUGGGUCUUGAAGGAUGGCGAGAAGGUUCCAAUCUUGGAUGUUGCCAGCCAGGGCUCUUGGACGUUGGUUUCGGAGACCGGUGAGUGGGCCCAGGUUGUCGCUGAUGUCAACAAGAGGUCGUCGGCUGCGCUCAAGUCGCUCCAGAUCGGGCAUGAUGUCCAACUGGUUCAACCGGGGGAAUUCCAGCAAGCUUUUGGUGUUUCACAAUCAGGUGCUGCUCUCAUUCGACCUGAUGGGUACGUUGCUUGGAGGACGAAGGAGUUGCCAUCUUCAGCGGGGGAAAUUCUUGAUGAGAUCUUGUCGAAGGUUACAUUCAGGGUCUAA